GAGGUGAAGUUUUAGAAUUGAGGGGACAACAAUGACUACAGGGUCAUUGGAUCUUAGUUCUUCAGGAAGUUUUGGUUCUUUGCAACAACAACUAUUUCAGAAUAGUUCAUCACCAAUCCAAACAACACCCCCUAUUCCAAGAAAACCCCCAAAAUUGUUUAAGGAGAAAGAGGGAUUGUUUCUCUGGAUCUGCAAAUUCGCCCCUCGAAAGAAUGUUGGGAUGUUGCUACACUGUGUAGUUUUUGCUGCAGCUUUUCUGUGGGUCUUGUAUGUUGGCAAAGGUGAAGUUGCCGCAGAACAAAGUAAUAGGAUGUUUACUCCAGAAAAUGUACAUAAAAUAUAUUUUUAGGGGUAUUGAGUCUAUACCAAAAAAUAAUGUUGGCCGAAGUGUGUCAAUUGUCCAACCUCCUCCUCCUCUUCCUCCCCUCUUCUUCCUUCUGUAUAUUUCAAAGGAUACACUCUUCCCCCUGGAAAUCCAUGUGAAGGCUUUACGUUGCCACCCUCGCCAGUAGAUAAGAAGAGGACUGGACCAUAAUGUAAGUUUAAA